CUUGCCGCAGACAGUGACACACGCAGACACGUCACAUCAAAAGUCAGGGAAACAAAAACGGAAGGAAAAGAAGUCAAGAGAAGACAGAGAACGCCAAAGUCGACAGUAUGUCACACAGUUUUUCAAAAAGAAAGGUAGCUUGCCAUAUUCCUGUAUUCCAAAACUUAUUUUUGUUGCUACAUGACCUGCUUUUAUCUAGCGAGCUUAGUAAAAUAAUUACUGAAUUAUGAUUUACAUCCAACAAUAAUAACAUCUCUGCUGUCUCCGGGACGGGUUAUCAUGUCUCGUAGACACAGAUUCAGCGGCUGCUGCACACCCACGUCCCCCACCCCCCGUCCCCGUCUCAGCCGAACAAGACUGUGAAGAUCGUCUGUUUGCGCGGUGAAGUGUAAAAACCCAUCUGAGGGCACGUGGCUGACAUCAGUGGGAAUACGGUUUUCAAGUAACGUUGUCUUCAGAAAGAAAGACAGGAAUUCGAUAAUCUGGAUGUUCUGGUCGUGCCUGUAACUCUACAAAUGUGACGAGAUCUACCGCAAUAAGCAAUCAACAACCCCAAGGACAAGUCCCUCAUCCCUUUUUGGGGAAAACCAAAAGGACGUCUUUACAAGUGUGUGCUGGAGUUGUUGUAAAAUGAGAGUGAAGUAUUCAAAGUUCCUCAUAAUAAUAUUAGCCAGCAGUCUGUGCCUUGUUAUUUUCUAUUCGAAGCUGAAGAAUGUGGGGCCCUCUCCAAGAGGUCUGACUGAACUCCUGUCAGUGACAUCAUCCACCCUGAAAAAAAACACAACCACCACCACAGUAGCAACGACCAUCAAGAAAGUCCAAGGUGUCAUGCCAUAUAAACUUCCACCUCUGAAUAUUUCCGAGAAUUUCCUGAAGUUCAUUCCGAAAAACGGUGCCUUCUGGAACCGUAAACUUCAUGCUCUCCUGAGGCAGUUUGAGGCUGCCAAAAAUCAAACGUUCGAUGACCCGCGUAACCGGUUUAAGUGUCAACCCGAGAGUUUUGAGUUACUGCAAACCAACAUUCAGGAUGUUAAAUCAUAUCCUUCCCUCUACCGUGAUUUUCUUAAAGGCAUGGAAUGUCGGGAUCCGCCCAUUUUUAUUGAUCAGCCUGGAAAGUGUGUGUCGGGGAAUGAAGUGGAGCACAUUUUCCUCCUCUUUGCUAUUAAAUCCGCGCCAACGCACUUUGAGAGGCGCCAGGCGGUGCGAGAGACCUGGGGAAAAGAACGCGCGUAUGAAAAAGGGCUGCAGGUGCGAACUGUCUUUCUGCUAGGUCGAUCGUCUAUGGAUGAUCCCAGUCUUGACAAACUGCUUUCAUUGGAAGCUCAAGAGUUUCGAGACCUUCUCAUUUGGGAUUUUCAAGACUCGUUUUAUAACCUGACACUGAAGGAGCAUGUGUUCUUCAAAUGGAUGCUGGAAAGCUGUCCUCGCGUGUCUUUUGUGUUUAAAGGUGAUGAUGAUGUUUUUGCGAACACUGAAGCGAUACUGAAACACUUGAAUUCUUUUAAACCUACACAGGAGUUGUCUCUGUACACCGGGCAGAUCAUUUUUGAAGCCUCCCCAUUACGUGACUCUAAAAUCAAAUAUUACGUUCCUCAGUCUUUCUACGAAGGCCCGUACCCACCGUAUGCUGGGGGUGGUGGCUUUCUUUUCUCUGGAAACCUUCUCCCGUCUCUUUACCAUGUUUCCUUAUACAUACCCUUUUUCCCGAUUGAUGAUGUGUACACGGGAAUGUGCUUUAAAGCCCUUGGAAUCACUCCAGUGAAACAUGAUGGUUUUAAGACAUUUGAUAUCCGCGAACAAGACCGAGAGAACGUAUGUGUACACAAAGACCUGCUGCUGGUGCACCAACGGAACCCUCAGCAGACGAUGAGACUGUGGAGGAAUAUGCACAGCUCCAUGCUGACCUGCUAAUGAGUGAUUAAAAAGCCUUUUCUAUUCGACCGAAAGAACUUUGUGAAAACAGGUUUUGCAAGCAAAGCAGGAUUUUAUCAGACUUGGUAAAAUUAAGCUUUUUUUUUGCUUUCAUUUGGGUUGAAGUAGCUUGGGCUGUGAAUUUGUAGAGGUUGAAGAUUGUACAGAUUGAAAAUAAUUCAAGUUAGUGCUGUCAAAUCGAUUCAUAUCAAUUAAUCAUUUGAAAAAUAAAUGUUUACAUGAUAUAUGUGCGUGUGGUGUAUAUUUGUAUGUACUGUAAGGAAAUGCACAUACAUAUGUGUAUAUUUAACAAAUAUUUACUUGAUAAAUCGAUUCCAAAAUAAAUGUGUGAGUGUAUGUGUAUCUAAUAUACUCGCAUAUACAGAUAUAUAUAUAUAUAUAUAUCUCAGUUAAUGUAUAUGCAAAUAUAAUGUAGAAAUAUAGGCUACAUUAUACAUAUUUCUUAAAUGUACACACACACAUAUAUACAUAUAUGUAUAUGUAUAAAUAAUACUGUAUAUUAUAUACACUCACAUUUAUUUUGGAAUUGAUUCAUCGAUUUGACAGCCUUGGAGUCAUUAUUUUAUAUAUUUUUUAUUUAUGUUAACAGCAUGGUGUCCACCUGUAGGUUUCUGUGCAAUUAAACUAAGCUGCUUAACAGGUUCAUGAUAGUUCAACCAUAAAUUAAAACUUUGUCAUCACCCUUGUCUUUAAAAACCUGCAUGACUGACUGACUUGUGCAGAUCACAAAAGAAGACAAUUUGAAGAAUGUUAGUGACUCAACAACAAUGACCCCCAAUGAAUUCCAUUUUAUGAAGACAAAACCCCUGAGACCUUUCUCCAUUGGGUCAAGUACAGGUUUUGAAGGUGAAUGAAAGAUAGUAUGUUUUUGUGUGACGUAAGAUUAUGAUGUUUAAACAGAUGGUGUGGGCUUUUUGUGUUCAUGGGCAGUUAUGGUAGAGAAUGUGAAGCUACGUCACGCCGUGAUGAAUGUUGCGGCAUCUUGGAAGGACCAGUGCGUUCAAUGCAGUGUUUUGUUUUUCUUGUUUAAGUAGGACAUAUUACUCUGGUAGGUCGGUCUUGCUGUGUUAAAAACUGCAUUAUGAAGAGUCGUCCAGGAAAAGCCUCUGGUUCUUUCACUUCCGUUUCUCCAUAUAUCAAACAAAACAAGUAACAGUACAUAGCAAAACUAUAAUACCAGUGGAGUAUGAUCCUCCCAAGAUGGCAGCGCUACUGCAACAUGCAACAUAAGGCAUGACGUCAGCUUCACAUUUUUUUUUUGCGGUUAUAUGUAUUUGUUUAUGGUUUAAUUUUAUUGUGAUUUGAAUGGGUUAGUUAAAUUGCACAAAUGUCUUAAGUGUCUCAUUAAAUGUCUUGUUGUGCAUCAAUGAUACAAUAAAUACAUAUAUAUAUUUAUACAUAUAA